AUUCCAUCAGACAUCUAAUCUGAUUCUCAUUAGCACGAAAGUAUUGAAAGCACUUAAGCACUAAAGUACUGAAAGAAGGACAAGGGUACCAUUAGAGAUAUGCUUUUGUGCUUUGGAUUCAGGACAAAGCUUGUUCCUGAAACGGCAGCACGUAUGCUGUUUGCAGGCUGGGCCUCCUUCGUGAUCGAGGACAUCAACGGUGAAAUCAAGGUCUGUGGCGAUUAUAGUCCUGAAGAAGCAAGUUUAGUAGAGACUUUUUGCUCCAAGUACUCAAAGAGUUCUGAACCAGGAUCCCAGGGGCUUAAAGCCAAUAGUUUAAAGUUUUUGGGCCAAGAGGCAUUACAGGGGUUUCUGACCUCUACAGGAGAGGUUUUCGUCAAGAGCAAUAAGGAUAGUGGAGAUGAGAAGCUGAGGGGAGGACCUUGCUUGUUGUUGUUGAGCAACAUCAAGGAUGUGGCUACCUGUGGACAAUCAGCAAAUCAUUGGACCGUGGCGAUCGACCGAUCGACAGGUGGACUCUUUGAGUGGAUCGCUACGGAUCUUAGGCCUCGAGUAGUGACGUUGGCAUCAUCUUUAAAUCCGUUGUUACCGUCAUCAUCGGCAUCGAAUCCAACGUUGGUGUCCAAGACGAAGUUCAAGAGGGUUUGGGCAGGAGAAGCUCAUAUGCUUGUUUUAGCAGAGGAUGGGACGCUUUAUAGUUGGGGACGCGGCAGACACGGACAGCUCGGACAUGGCGAUCUUGGAUUUGAAUCGGUCCCAAGGCCUAUUGAGGCACUCCAAGGUCUUCGUAUUAUAGACGCUGCCUGUGGAGCAUCGUUCAGUGUAGCGCUUUCAGAAUCUGGAGACAUCUAUACAUUUGGUCUGAAUGACCAUGGGCAACUUGGUAUCGGCAAGGGUGCAGAUUUCGAUAGAGGAAGCUCGCAGGAAUGGGAAUCACAGACUCCAAAGCACAAUACUGCUUAUCCUCAACUAGUUGAUUUUUAUGAUUCAGACUCUGGGAAGGAGCUAGAUGUCCAUGUUGUCAAAGUCGCGUGCGGCCGUGCACAUACUGUUGUACUGGAUGAUCAAGGAGGAGUAUGGAGCUGCGGCUGGGGUAAAUAUGGUCAGCUUUGUCCUUUGCCACCAUCAAGCUCAACAUUAGCAACAUCUCUGGACAUGGACAAUAUGUGUUUAGAGACGAGGGAACAGCAGAUGCUAUACAGGAUGGGAUGUACUAUUCAACAGGCGGACCAAUAUCAUUUUGUCAGAGUGAAGGACAAGAAGAGCAAGGGAGCUUUUGGAUCGACAGAGUCUUGGGAGGAUGUCGUUUGUGGCCCGUGGAAUAGCUGUAUUUGGGCAAAGGACUGACAUAAUGAGCACAUUGCGCAUUGCUUGCAUUAGGAUGGUCGCACACAACACGUCAUUUUCAAUUUAUUAAUUUUAUUUCUUUUUUUAUUUUAUUUUUUUCCAAGAAAUAUAC